AUGGCCAACACAGAGGCUCUCUCCAAAAUAAGAGGUAGAGCAGUCAGUGUGAUCGAAGACCUCCGCAGUAUGCUGCAAGGCAUCCCCUUCAUAAUCGCCGGCGACCUCGCACGUAUCUACUACGGGUUCGAUCGCGACACACGGAAUGUGUUCAUCAUAUGCUCGCAGCGCUUCCAUGAUACUAUCCUCUACCGGGCUGGGAUGCCUCAAAUGAAACCAAGAGACCUGGAAGGUCGCCAAUCAUUCAAUCACCGGACGAAUGACGGCUCCACGUUCACGGUGCAUGUGGUGGCCGCUGAGUGCGACCCCCUGUUGAACGCCGAUAUCCACGACAACCAGCUGAAUAUCACGAGGCUGCCGUGUCUUCUCGCCGAGUGUGCGAGGUUUUACGCGAAUUACCCUGACGAACGCGGCCCCCACGACGAGUGCAUACUGUGGAUGAUGCGAAAAACGGCCGAGCGGAACCAAGCGCGCCGUUGUAGAGAUGAUCGCCAGUGGGCGUUUACGGACGACCAGCUAGAAAUUUUGCUGAACGACAACUUCUUGGAACCGUUCAUCAUUGAUCAUCCCGAGGCCGCCGAGAUCCUCUACAGCGCCGGCGCGUUCUGGGAUGUCGGACCUUGUUACAGGCCCGGACGCAAAGCCGCAACUUUCGUGUGGCACAUCGGGCAUGGCAGCCUGGCCAGGAUGGACAGCUCUGUUAUGGAGAAGAAUUUAUCAAAUUGGCUCCUUGAAAGGCACGGACAGCAUGGAUUCAACAGCCCUGAAGGAAACCCCCUAUCGAGCAGAUUCUCUGGUGAGGAUGGGGAUAGAUAUUAUAGGUAA